AUGUCUAUUCCUAUGCAUCGAUUGGGCGGUCGCGGUACUUCGAUCUGGUUAGCCUUUGCCCACGACGAUGACGAUAUCGAACAAGAGUACGAUCGAUUGAGAGACCUGGCGCGAGCCGAGGCGGAGAAGCGCAACGAUUGCUUCGCGCGUUCGCGUCAGGCAUAUGAAGACGGCGAUGGUGCUGGAGCAAAGGAGCUCUCCAAUCAGGGCAAGGCACAUGCUGCCCGUAUGGAUGAUUACAACCAGCAAGCGUCCGAUUUCAUCUUCCGUGAGAACAACGCCUCUGGUCGUGUAGAGGCGGACUCGAUCGAUCUCCACGGUCUCUACGUCGAGGAGGCUGAGCGUAUUCUUGAGGAGCGCAUUCGUGCAGACCAGCGCAAUGGACAGACACAUCUCUAUGCCAUCGUCGGCAAGGGACACCACUCAGCUGGUGGUGUCCAAAAGCUCAAGCCCAAGGUCGAGGAGCUGUGCCAAGAACUUGGUCUCCGGGCGGAGAUCCUAUCCCUCCCUCGCACUCUGGUGGUUACGGUGGUCACCAUGGUGGUCAGCAGCAUCACCAGCCUCAGCAUCACCAGCCUCAGCAUCACCAGCCUCAGCAUCACCAGCCUCAGCAAGCAUCACCAGCCUCAGCAUCAUCAGCCUCAGCACCACCAGCAGGGACAGCAGAACGACGACGACGGACAGGUACUACCUUGGAUUUUGAAGAAGCUGGAGAAGGCCUGCUGUGUGGUCAUGUAA